AUGGCGCCGGCUAUAGGAGGAUUUCAGGACGUGAGCGAUACCGAAGACCGCGACAAGGCGCACUUUAGCGAUGAGGAACCGCCGCCGAUCCGGGACGCUCCUCCGUCCAAAUACUUCCUUAUCCGACAGGACGUCGAGCUGGAGAUCAACUUCCUAGAGCGCAGUGUCAAAGGCAAGACGGAGAUUAUGGUUCACGGACUUGAUGGCUCAGCGCUCCAGGACAUUGCCAUAGACGCUCGACAGUGCACAAUCGAGACGGACAAGAUCACAGUACAAAAGUAUCGCAACGGGCAACCCCUCGGCCCCCAAACUCGAGACACCGACCUACCGGCGGAAGACAGGAGGGCGGCGGGCUGCACACCAGUGGACGGAUCGCUGCAAAUCAAGAUCAAGCCCGACGACACACCCGGGAACCAGCGCAUCAUUGUGCGGAAGCCUUCGGCAAACGGCGCCAACUUCUCACUAGAUGGGCGGGCGGAUGACGAAACGUCAUACCUCGUCUCUAUCCCCUUCGAGACCAAGGACAUGCGAGACGGUUUACAUUUCGUUGGGAUCGAGCCUGGUGAUAUGCGGUAUCCUCACGCGUACACGCGACAUUCCUACGAACCCGGCACCGCUUGCUCCUUGUUCCCCUGUAUCGACGACGCGGGCGCCUUGGGAGACUGGAAAAUAUCGAUAAAAUGCCCCAGGACUCUCGGCGACGUCCUCCAUCAGCCCCUCGUGACCCAACGACAGGCCAACGGGAACGGUGGUGGCGACGACCAGUCUGCGGACGCCACGGCGGUGGAGCACGUGCUCAGCGAGGAAGACAAACUGCUGGAGAUGACUGUCGUCAUGACGUUUGAGGCCGAAAAGGCCACAUCGGUCCAUAACAUAGGCUUUGCUGUUGGCCCUUUCGAACACGUUGACCUGUUCUCCGAUUUCCGCACGGAAGAAGACGACGAGAAGCUCGGCGCGAGCGCCCUCAAAAUCCACGGCUACUGCCUGCCCCGGCGAGCAGAUUGGGUCAGGAAUACCUGCGUCGCUCUCGCCACCGCUGCCGACUAUUUAUCCCUUACCUUUUCCGGUUACCCUUAUGACAGCUACAAGCUCUGCUUCGUGGAGGAUCUUCCCGAAGAUACGCUACCCCUCUACUCCUUCUCCUUCAUUUCCACCCGACUCCUGUAUCCUGAGAGGAUGAUCGACACCGAAGUCGACGUCACCCGUAUGCUGGUGCACAGCCUCGCCACCCAAUGGAGCGGCAUCUGCGUCCUGCCAAAUACGCGUCGAGACCGCUGGGUAACGACGGGCAUCGCUUAUUACAUGACGGAUCUCUUCAUGAAGAAGAUUUGCGGCAACAACGAAUACCGUUUCCGGAUUAAAGUCGCCGCGGACAAGCUCGUCGAGAUGGACGUGAACCGCCCUUCGCUCUACGAUCUCGGCCAAUACCUGCACGUGGGCGAUUUCGAGAGGGAGUUUAUGGAUUUGAAGGCACCGCUGGUGCUCUUCAUCCUCGACAAGCGCAUCGUGAAGGCGACGAGCGGUUCGCACAACCUGACGCAGAUCCUCUCGCGACUCUUUACGAAAGCCAAGAUUGAGGGUGAUAACGUCAUCACAACCAAGAGUUUCCGCAAGCUAUGCGAGAAGUCGUCCAAGUACAGCCUCGACACGUUUUGGGAGCAGUGGGUAUUUGGAUCCGGAUGCCCACGCAUCCAGGUCACGCAUCGAUUUAACAAGAAGCGACUGUGUGUCGAGAUGACGAUUAGCCAGGUGCAGAGCGACGAGGAUGCCACGCGCAAGGAGAUGCUGCCCUCUGACUUCCUGCGUGCCGUCAAGGAGAAGCAGUACGGAGUUGUUGCCGGACCGGUGCAGCCGCUCUUCACGGGCCCCAUCACGAUACGCAUCCACGAGGCGGACGGGACCCCGUACGAGCACAUUGUCGAGAUCCGGGAGGACACGGCGCAGAAGCGCAUGGUGAAGUUUGACAUUCCCUACAACACCAAGUACAAGCGCCUCAAGAGGCGCCGCGAGAAGAAGCAGGCGAAUGCGGGUGCCGCCGCCGAGGCAGCGGCGGCCGGCAAUGACGAAGGCUUCCUCUACUGCUUGGGCGACACGAUCAGCGCACCGGGUGACAUGGAGCGGUUCCUAGCGGAGGAGUACAACGAGGCAACGGAGCGGCAGAUGGACGCGGAGUCGUACGAGUGGCUGCGCGUCGACACCGACUUUGAGUGGCUCUGCUCCAUGAAGGUCGGCAUGGCGCACUACAUGUUCGUGUCGCAGCUGCAGCAAGAUAGGGACGUCGUUGCCCAGGAAGAUACCCUCCUCUACAUCCAGCGGGAGACGCCGCAUCCGGUGGCCUCGACUGUGCUGGUCAGGACGCUGAUGGACAUCAAGUACUUUCACGGGAUCCGCACGAUGGCGGCCGAGCUCCUCCGAAGUCAAUGUAAUGAAGCCAUGGGCAUGCGCGGCAUGACGCAGCUGGAGAUGGCGUUCCGCGACCUGUUUUGCAUCCCUGGGACGAACACACCCAAGCCCAACGACUUCUCGGAUAAGCGGCAGUACUUGGUGCAGUGCGCCAUCCCCGAGUCCCUAUCCCAGGUGCGGGACAGAAAUGGCAAAUGCCCGCUCCAUAUCAAGCGCUUCAUCCUAGACAUCCUGCGGCUGAAUAACAAUAGCCAAAACGACUUCAACGAUGACAUGUACGUGGCGAAGCUCAUUUCGUCCGUGGCCAACUCCCUCAUCACAAACAGUGAUGCCCAGCAGAGCAUGGCGUUUACGUUUGACGAGGACGAGGCGGACACGGAACGGGAGGAGCAAAAGUUUAAAGAGGAGGCUCUGGAGGAGAUUAACCGCCACCUUCGGAGGGACGAGUGGUCACAUUCCCACCAUAACGUCUGGACAGUUGCGGGCCUGGACGCGAAGCAGCGGCUCAUGAAGGCAGGCGUGAUCCCCGUCGAUGGGCUGGACUUUGUCAAGUACCUCCAGGACGCGACGUACGACGGGGUGAGGAUCAAGGCGUGGGCGGCGCUGGUGGAUCUCGGAUUCAUGAUUGAGCCCGUCAUCUUUAGGCUCUUCAUGUGUUGCCUCAGCACGGACAGGUCGCCGUAUGUGCGAGACCGGCUGAUGAAGAUAUUUUGCGAGGGCCUGGCGACCAUUGCCUUUGGCGAGUACGCGAAGCCCAAGACGUCCGCGGGGCCCUCCGCCAACGGAGCGGCGGCGAUUAAGAGCGACCCGGACCUGGACAUGGCGGACGCCGACGACGACGGGCUCGUGGUAGUUAAUAACGAAGCUACAGAGCGCGCUCACAAGGCGCAGCAGGAGCUCGCGAGGCGCAAGAGGGACCUGGACCUCGCGCUCGGCGCGCUCAAGAAGGAGAUGGAGUCGACGUACGUGGACGUGGAGAGGGAGCUGCAGCGGGCCGUGUGGAAAGCGAUAGACUCGCCGGCCAUGGGCCGCACCGAGAGGGUCACCCUGCUCGAGCUGUGCGCGACCAUGUUUGACGAAGCGGAUCGCUGGAUCAUUGCGUUGCAGUAUCCGAAGCGGUGGAAGGUUUCUCGUGGCCCUCACCAUCGCGCUUACCCUGCAAGCUUAAAGGUCACCUUCAAAUCCUACUAUCGCACCAAGCCGGUGCACUACGAGCCCAUCCCGGCGGUAGUACCAGCGGCGCCUGCGCCCGCGCCCGCGCCCGCCGAGCCGAAGAGACCACUCAUCCUUGCGCGCUCGUCGUCCAUCAAGGUCAGCCGCCCGUCCAUCUCGGCAACGCCACGCGGACUCCAUCGUGGCAUCCCCGCUUCGGCAGCGGCGGCAGCGUCGGCGGUGGCGGCCACGCCUAAGCCACAAAUUGAGCGCAAGAACACGCUGUCCAUCUCGACCACGUCGUCGAACAAGUCGGCCAAGCGGCCCCGCGAUAAGCUUCAAGAGGGCCAGCUCGCGGGGAGCCCGGCGCCCAAGAAGGCCAAGAUUGACGGCAAGGUUGCUCUCAAGAACGAGAAGACGCCCAAGGGCGACAAGUCGUCCAAGUCGGGAGCUGCGGUGGCGGCGACGCCCGCGGCUGCCGCUACCGCGUCGACAACGACACCGAGAAUGGGCACGCCCUCGAAGCGGUCGCGCAUCGUCACGCUCAGGCACCCGCGCUCCGCGAGGUGCUCAAAAGGUGCUGCUCAAGCAGAGCCUCAAGCUCGGCUCGUCAUCCUCGUCGUCGAGCAAGGCCGCGGGCAGCUCCUCCUCGUCUCCGUCCAAGGCGUCGAUCCAGGCCAAAUCGGCGAGGAAACCCCUGCCCAUGGGGCCGGCUGGAUCGUUUUGCCAGCCGCCACGAACGGCGGGGAAGGGUUCCCUGCGCCGCCACGGCCAAAGAUUAUGCUCAAGUUGAAGCGUCCGGAUCCUCCGUCGUGA